AUGAAGCGCUCUUCGGAUCCUCUGAUAAAUCCUCGAGGAGGAAAACAAACGUCUUUAGAAUCUUUUUUACAAAGCAAUUUACCGCCAUGUGAUACUAAACGAAAGAAGUCACAGUUGAAAAUGGAUUUAUAUCUUAAAUGGAAAGAUCCAGAAAGGUUGAAAGCUGCACAAGUUCAGAGGGAGGAGUCAUUCAGACCGACAAGGACAAAAAAAUGUGCGGCUGAGCCGAAAGGAAUUGUCGAGUUAGACGGUAGCUCCGAUGAAAAUUCUAGAGAAGAGAAGAAAGUAAUGGCUGCCAUAUUUUGUCCAAAACCGAAACCUAUUAAAAAGUCCCAUUCACAGGAAUUAGACGACGACUUCAUUCCUGUUAGAAAGCCUAAAGAGAACUUAUCAGUCGAGGCUUUCAAGAAAGAGAAAUCGGAGGAAGUCGAAGUCGUUGAGCAAAAGCAAGCGACAUCAAAUCUUAAUAGUAAGCAAGAAGAGAAGGAUCGAAGAAAAAUUUUAAGAGGCUUGUUGAAUAAUGAUUUCAUAACUAAUCAAAAGAAAGGAAACAUCCAAGAAGUCAAGAAAGAACUGAGAGGAGAGCUCAAAGAAGGUGAUGUCAUUCGUAAGAAAGCUCAAAGAGAACUUAUGCAUGGAACCGAUUGUACUUGUUGUUCUGGCUAUUAUGACGCUUUGGAGCUUAGUCCUGAAUCCAGGGCCAAACGUGUCCAGCAGGUCAGUAAACAUAAAUACAUCAAUAACCCAUUACCAAAGACUCCGGAACAUUACUGGGAGAUAGGAUUUCCGUCGGAGUCGGAACAGAAGAAACGCGGUCUUAUAAAGCUUAGCACUCCAAAGAAAGACAGUGCCAAGAAAAGAAUUAUCUUUUAG